CUAAAAGCUUACAUGGCAGAUUUCCCACGGAAUGUUUCCAAAUUUAAUACUCAUUUUUAAAUACAAAUUUCAAAUACAAAUAAAAAAAACUUUCUGGAUGAUCUCUACAAAUUAAAUAUUGGAUGUUAUUUUAAUCACAUAUUCAAAAUGCCAAGGCACCAGAAUAAAAGAAAAACUUCCUCCAAGUGUCAUAGAUAAAUGUCAAUGUCAAUCAAAAUCAUUGACUAAUACUUAUGCUGUCAAAAUUCAAAACAAAUCAUUCAAAAUUUAAGUUCAAAUUGAAAUCUUAAAAAAUGAUUAUCAGACAUAUUUUAGUAAAGGAUUUAUCAAAAUUGUACUGCCCGAAUUAUCGAGCAUAUAGUGUACUGUGUAAUAUACAAAGACCAAAAGUAAUUAAAUAUGACAUAGGGAAUGAAAUCCCUCACCUGACAAGCCAUCGUCUAACCAAAAUUAAUAAAAGAUAUUUGUCCUUCGAAUCUGUGGUGAAAUGGCAACAAGAAACGUACAUGAGUAUAUCAAAUAGUACCAUGGUAAACGUCAUGCAGGAUGGUUUGCUUCAAUUUCAUGAAGUAACAGGUUUAUCAUGGUGGGCAGCAAUACUCUCCUCCACUAUUCUUAUAAGAGCGUUAAUUACUCUGCCUUUAUCAGUUUAUCAAAAUUAUAUAUUAGCCAAAGUAGAAAAUGUUGGCAUGGAACUCAAGGAUAUCGUCAAUGAAUUAAAAAAAGAGACAGCUAUGGCAAAAAAAGCAUAUAAUUUAAAUGAUAAGCAAACAGUGAUUCUUUUCAAAAGGUCCCUUAAAAAGCAAUGGAGGAUACUUAUAGAAAGAGAUAAUUGCCAUCCCCUGAAAGCAACAAUUGUUAUAUGGUUCCAAAUACCUCUGUGGGUGUGCAUGUCAUUUGCCUUAAGAAAUUUAGUUAACAUGAAUCCACCAGACCCUUCUGCAAUGGUUACUUUUAUGGAACUGUCAACGGGUGGGAUAGGUUGGAUUCCUAAUUUAAUAGAACCUGACCAUUCUUUAAUUCUCCCAGUGGCAUUUGGAUUAACAAACUUAGCAAUAAUAGAAAUACAAAGAAUGUCAAAAUUAAGGACACCAUCAAAACUUUACAAUGUCUUUACUAAUGUCUUUAGAGUAUUUUCAAUAGCAAUGAUACCUAUUGCAGCAAAUGUGCCUUCAUGUAUGUGUCUGUAUUGGGUCACAUCUAGCAGCUUUGGACUGAUACAGAACAUCUGCCUUCUUUCACCAUCAUUGAGAAGAAAAUUAAGAAUACCAUUAGCUCCAAGUGAGCUGGAAGACCCAUAUAAACACAUGAAAGAAGAAAUAAACAAUAAAUUCAGAAAUAUACUGCCAAAAAAGUCUUAACAUGUCAUUUAACAGUAUUUUAUAAGCAUAGUGAAAUAAAUAAUUUUUGUUUUUCA